UCCACCAUGGCGGAUUUCUGUGUGUUUGGAAAAAAACUGCCGUAUUAUAUCACCACAGAUACGUCGUAGUAUACGAAAUCAAGAACCAGGCAAAGCAACAAAUCGUAGCGACGAAAGCCAUUGGUAUUUUUAAAGCUGGGAUAUUUCUUUUUAUUCUUCUCGGUUUGCGAUAAAUAUCAUACAAGUUUAUCAAGAUAUCAUCUCUAUUUCAUGAGUGUUCUUGGGCUUCCGCUCUAUAAAGGGACCAGUUGACCCUCGAUCGUUGUCCGAAUAUUUAUCCUUUGCAUUGGAAUACGUACUAAAUAAAGAAAGGCAAAACACGAUGAGUGCAGGGCGAAGAAGAAGUGGCAACAACACAGCUGGCACAUCUACAGAAGACCAAGCCUUGAACCAAAUUGCUUCAGAGGCUGAAUCAAGAUUAGCUGCAAGAAGGGCUGCAAGAGCUGAAGCCAGGAGCAUUCGAAUGAAAGAAUUAGAAAAACAGCAGAAAGAGAUUGACGAAGAGUACCAGAAACAACAAUGUCAAAAUGAGGAUACUCCAGUGAAAAAAAAAAAUCCCCCUGCGCGGACAAACUCCACUGGUUCAAUUGAAAAUGCAAAUUGUGAUGUGGAUGGUCAUGAUGACAUUGACAAAACUAAUAAACAGCUUCAGGAUAAAGUGACAGAGUUGGAAGAAAAAUACCGAAAAGCUAUGGUCCAGAUAGCUCAACUAGAUGAUGAAAAACAAGCUUUAGUCUAUCAAACUGAAGAUUUAAAAGACAAGCUAGAAGAUGGAGAAGAUGCCUGUACAGAGGCCCGUUAUGAAUUAAAAGAAAAAAAUAAGGAAAUUGAACGCUUAAAACGUCAAAACAAAACCCUGGAAAAUGAGAUUCAACAAUACAAGGAAGCAAUAGAAUAUCGGGAUAACUUUAUCGCUGAGAAAGGCCUAUCACUAUUUGAAGAUACGCAACAGCCAGAAACCUCAGCCGCUGAGUGCGAUGGUGGAAAUACUUCAACAUCAAAUGAAGAAAAUGCCGGCUCAACAUUACCUGUAGAGGAUAAAACAAAUUCAAAUGACUCAGCUGCUCGAAGGGCGUCCAUAUCUGAUGAUAAAGAGAUCUUAGUUGAUCAGAUAAAACUAUUGCAAUCACAAGUAGCUGAUAUGAAGACUGAUGCUGGUGUAGAUAGACGACAUUUAGAAGUCCCAACACAAGACGAGUUAGAAGAUAUUAGACGAGAGUUUGCUAGACAAGUUAGCGAUAUGAAAAUUAAAGUGCACAAAAUGGAGCAAGAAAAUACGAGAUUGGAAGGCUUGGUGAUGAGGUUAGAAAAUCAGGUGAAACGUUAUAAAUCACAGGCGGAAGCUGCUGAAGCGACAGAGGAGAACUUGAAAACUGAAAAGCGAAAGUUGCAGAGAGAGCUCCGAAAAGCUCAAGAUGAUAUAAUCGAAAUACAAACGGCGCAUGAUCACAUACAAAAACGAUACGAGAAAUUGAAAAAUCGCCGCAAGGAAGAUUCAUAAAUCUGGUGAGAAGUGAAUAAUAUAAAAAUAGAAAAUGAAAUCCCAACCUCUCAAUGGAGGAUGGCUUCGUGGACAGUAGUGUCUUUCACGCCUUAAAUGAAGGUGAUUGAGUCUUCCUGCGUAAUAUAGGGUAGUUGAAUUCAGACGUACGACGAUUAGGCAAGGAUAUAGGUAUCCCGAACACUUUCAACACAAUUAAAAUCUGACACAACAUUACUUCCUUAUCGCCAUGUCUCUAUUUUUUAAAUUAUCCGAGUUUGUUAAAUUGUUAGUUCCAAUGGCCGAGAAAAAUGAGGCGUUUAGUCGCCGUCGGUCGGUCGGGCAAACUACCUUUCAACUAUGCUUAGUUAGCCUACGCCCAGAUUGAUAUACACAGUCUAUAUGUAUACAUCUGCGUACAGGCUGUACUUUGUGUGAUUUGUGAAAUUAAUUACAUUAAGAUCAAAAGACAGGUUUGCCAAUGAUGAAGAAUAUGUAGAAACAAAUUGUUUUAGGUUAGGUUUUCGAGUGCAAGUUGUGUUUAGUAGUGUAUGAACGAAAUGUAAUUAAUAGGAUAUUUUAAAGAGCUGAAAUGUAGUAACUUGAGUUAGAUAAAAAAUACAAUGUUUAAAUUG